UGUUACCUGCUUCCCCGUAGGGGUCCAGCAUAUGGUUGGAACCCUGGCGUGCUUCCCAAGAACAAGAUCGCACCCGCCGAAUGUACCGUGCUGUGUGGAGAGUACAACAGCAAAUACACCGCCCUGAAAGAUGGAAAGUUCUGCCACUGUGUUGAUCACAGUCCUAGUAAUGCGACUCUGGAGCUGGUUGAUGAUGGGAACUGCUCGGUGCAAUGUAGUGGAGACUCAGGUGCAUUUUGCGGCUCUGCCUACCAUGCCAGCGUGUACGAGUCCAUGAACCCUGUGACAGUCAAGCUGGAAGCAAACGUCACAGGCCCAACAACUGUAGGUGCUGUCGUCGUCUUUGACCCGAAUCCAUUUACAACAGGCAGCGGAGUUGCAGCAAAGUUUGACUAUGAUGAUGGGGCUGGUGUGUCAGAUUACAGCAGUGCCAGCAACACUGAACAUGUUUUCCAUUUGGCUGGACACUACCAUGUGGAUGUCUAUGGCUCCAGUGCCGAUGGCUGGCUUCCGCCAGUGCAGUCCUCAGUUGCUGUGGAAGUACAAAGCCGAGUGAGGGAUGUAGUUGUGACUUGUCCACAGUUCAUGGCAACAUAUGAACCGUAUGACUGCCUCAUUGAAGUGGGAAGGGGCUCGGCCAUGCAGCUGUCUGUCUCAGUCAAUGAUGGUGACAUCGGACCUCCCAUCACAGAUACCUUCAACAUUGCAGACAGCCUUGAGUUUUGGUUUGGUAGCGCUGUCCAGCAGGACCAGCCUUUUUCCAUUGCCUCCUCUGUGACUGCCAGCGUCGUCGUGGGUUCUCAACCUGCCCUAGAGCAUGGCAUACUCACAGGGCUCGAGUACUUUGCUGUUGCCACGGGCACUGUUAAUGUGUUUGUGUAUCGGCCAGCUUGUACUGCUACGGAGGAGUACUGCCAUUUUACUCAAAUGUGUGUUGCCAUUGGAACCUGCAGCCAAUCAUGCGGGGUGAACAACUUCUGCCCCGACAUCAGCAGAUGUUGCAAUGCUGCCAGCCCAACACACAAUCUUGUCGAUCGGGCUUAUAAUAUGAUUUUCUCUGUAAAUGUGGUAAUAAGCUCUGUGGGUUAUGGCUGGUUUGAGGUUGUGGGGCAGCAAGAGAUUUUCUCUGGAGAUGUUCUGGCAUUUGAUGCCACAGCAACCCCCCUUCUGGCCCAGAGGAAUGGGACAGUGGGUGACUUCCACUGCACAGGGUUUUCAGGAGGCGCACAGAUCACGAUGGGAACCAGCUGUACUGAGUUGAUACAACAACAAAGCCAGCUGAAGGCCACAUAUGCGCGCAAGUCCAGGGUCUACUACCCCAUCAUGUUCACAAACAAAGGAAAUGUAACGCUUCAAGCUACAGCAUCCAAUCUUGCAGCUUUUGGUGGUUCAGAUGUUGGCACUGCAGAAAUAGCUGUUAUAGAAGGGGUUGAUAUAGCCUACAUAAUACCGACCACAACCUGCAUCGCUGUAAACGAAAUCACUACAAUCAGUAUCAAACCAUAUACUGGUGAUCCAGCCAAUGUGUUCAUUGACUGGGGUGAUUCUACAAACAAAUCAGUCACAUCAGCAAUCAGCGUCACGAAAAUCUACCUGGAAAUUGGCAACUACAAUGUCUUUUUAAACAUCUCCAACUAUCUCAGCUACAAGGAGAACGUCACUCAGUUUUGUGUGGAGGAGCGCAUUACAAAUGUGGCUCUUAACCUGUCAAGCGGUGUGGAAGUUGAUGUUGCGACUGUGCUAGAGCUAAGCAUGGCAUCAGGCAGUAACUAUACAUGUGACUACGAAUUCAUCUACUCUGACUCAACAUCAGAUGUGUUCACUCGCUCAUACCUUGAUGGAGACAUCUUCAGUCACACAUUUCCCGUCUGGGGAACUGUUGACAUAACCGUUGUCUGUCAGAACACAAUUAAUGCAGCCACAUAUACGCACCAAUUGACCGCUGUGGAAAGAAUCUCUGGUGAUGCCAUAACCCCACCAGGAGCCCUGAUGAAUGUUCCUUUCACCAUCACUCUGACCUGGGCUACUGGGUCACAUGUCAGUGUGUCACUUUCUUAUGAUGGAAUUGCUCAGACUAUGACAGUAGAUGCCGCUAAUAAGCAAGCUACGUCCGAGUUGAAGACAGAGGAUGUGCUUGGGGCCCAUACCAUUAUUUACACCAUCUCAAACCCACUGGACCCAAAUCCUGCUCUUGUCACAGUUACCUUUGCCAUUGAGGUGAAAAUCACCAGUCCAGAUAUCCAUUGCACAUUUAGCAACUUAAUCAAGAUGAUUGGAAGUACUGCAGUGAUUCCUAUCAACACUGACAUUACAUGUGAUGUGACAAUGUCAUAUGGCACAAGUGUGACACUGGAGAUAGAUUAUGGCUACUCAGGGGCCACUUACAACCAAUCCAAUGCCCCUGGGGUUCCCUGGACGAAUAGUAUUCUCCAAGCUUCCCUGCCUCAGGUCCACAAUUUCACCAAACACCAGUACUGCAAUGUCUAUGUCCACAUAUACAAUAACUUUAACGAAUACGAAGAGUGGUUCCCAGUGUGGGUCAUGGUGCCUGUUGAUGGGGUUACCCUACAACCAUACCCCGUGGACAAUCCCAAGAGGUUUGACCCUCCUGCAAUUGUAAACUUCUUCUUCACUAUACCAGGGCUCCUCAUACCUAAUGAGGUGACCUGUGAGGUAACCUGGGGCGAUGGAAAUAAGGACAUCUACUUCCCAUGUGACCUUACAAAUAACCUCACACAUACUUACCUUGAUAGUGACGGGGACCUGUCAUUUUCCUAUGAGUUGUACAACCACAUAUCCGAGGAGAUGAAUGGGGAAACUGUUUACAUAGUCGCUCCAAUCUUGAAUGAGAAAUGUUUCACCGACAGGAAAGCUGGAAUUCCUGGUGACUCUAUCCAGCUUGGUUUUUCUGCUACACGUGCGCCACCCGCUGGCAUACUUGACCUUGAGUUUGACUGUGGCAAUGCUGUCACACCUACUAAUAGAAAGAGACUUGAAAACAGUCCCAAUGGCAUUGACUGGGAGACAUGUACUUACCCAGCACGUGGCAAUUAUUCACAGACGGUGACUGCUACAAGUCGGCUAGAAACCAAAACCUGCCCUCACAUUGUUGAGAUCAUGUAUCCAGUGACAAGCGACUUCACUUUUGAGGCACUGAAUGCUCCUAUAAAUGCUGAGCUUCUCCCUUGUACUGUUAACUAUCGAAUAAUCUACUCUGGCAACCCAAGCCCAGACCGGGCAUUUGUGGUGUUUGACUAUGGUGAUGGGACCAAUGCAUCAAAUCCGAUCCCCUGGAAUGCUGUCCUGACCCACACUUACAGCUACACUGGGCCGGGCCAUUACUGGACCACUGUUACCAUCUUUAAUGACGCCUCCUCUGUCAGCAAGACCGUACUGAGUGGAUGCUAUGCAAAGUUCUUGGACACAACCCUCGUAGAGAUCCUUCGCCAGCCCCUGUACCCAAUUGACGCACCCUACAAGGUCGGUUAUGGAGCAACAGAAGACAAAUACAGCACGUUAGAAAACAUAGCGAUACAUAUCUCACACAAUACAGGAACAUUUGUUUGGUAUGAUGUCACAGCCCAGAGUGCCACUGACAUUUACUCGUGCAACAGUACAGACCCAGACUUUGUCAUCACCAUGAUAAACAAGGCUGGCACUUAUGAUGUUACUGUGGUUGCAAAGAACCCUGUGCACACCGGGCCGGCUAAAACAGCCACCAUCGAGAUGAGCUCCCCAGUCAUCAACCCCCUAAUAUCUGACUCAGAAGUCACCAGGGCUUAUGAAGAGAAGACGUUCAACAUCUCGAUGGAGAGUUAUGGUACAGCUCAGUGUGUGGCCUUCUACUCCGGGAAGACGGACAACAUAGUCAUUCUAUACGGUAACCCGGUUGACUGUGAUGACACAGAUGCUGGACUGAACACUUACUUCCCUGGCAAGAUAUUCCAGCUCUCUGCAGUCUUGACAGAUGUCUCCCAGUCAUUUGAAGUGCAGAUGAUGUACACUGCUGAGGACACCUAUACUGCAGAGGUGUAUGCCUGGAACAUGUUUUCUAAUGAGUUCACAGAAUUUGAGUUUCCUGUCUCCCGGCUCAGCUGCUCCGCACCAAAUCUGGCCAUCAUUGAUGGCAGACCAAACUUUUUGUACCCCAAGGAGUGUCGCAGAAGCAAUAGGUGCAAGAUUAUCGGCUCUGUUGACCUGCAGUGUCCCAAUACCCUCCAGAACACUAAGUCAUGGACAGUGGAGAAGUGGAAUGGCUUCUUAAAUCAGAAAAUAUUGGACAUUGAUUUAACGACAGUACGGUCAAGGGUGAACUCGGAACUAGCCCUGGAGCCUUCAUUCUUAACAUUGGGUCUAUACAAAAUAACUUUUAUUGUGACAAUGAUCACUGAAGGUGGGUCAGGGGAACAGUUUUCCAGAAAAGUAUCCACGUUCCUGGAGAUUGUCAAGUCAGACCUUGUCACACUGAUCUUCCCGGAUAUGCUCAGCUUCAUCACCAUUGGUCCAAAUAUGAACUUUGAGCUCAACCCCAUGGCCCACUCUUAUGACCCUGAUUCCAAUACAGCUGCUGGGGAAGACAAGAGUCUGGACUGGUUUGAACUUGGCUGUGUGGACCUGACAGAGAACGAGACGCUGCCAGUCGACACGACAGCCACCACAGUGGGACUGAGCCUACCUGACCUGCCAGGGGGACACGUUGAUGCUGGUGGCUGCUUCCAACAGGGUCCAGGUUUCAUCACAAACUUCAACUCUGGCUACCUGGUAUUCAACACUGCCAUCUUGAAACCUACACAUGUCUACCAAAUUACUGUCAUUGGACACAAGGAUGACAGGUUGGCACCUUACUCCGUGGAUGUGGAGGUGAUGACUGAUACACCUCCUGAUAUCUCUAUUCAGUUCAAAAUCCCGACUAUCUGUCAACUAGUGCAUGGGAAGCUCCUCUUCAAUCCCAACUCCGAGAUCGGCCUUGUCUCCGUGAUCAAAAACAAGUGUGCCACUUGCACAUAUUCUUAUGCGUGGAAGAUGUAUGCCUAUGACUACCAGUUCUGUGGUCCAAUAUUCAACUGUUGGAGGGAACUUGUGUACCUUGGCAACUACAUAGAAGGUCUGGCUUCAGAUCAACUGACCAUAAAAACAGCGCUGUUUGGGCAUUACCCGGCUGUGGACGACUUCCAGCUCCGUCUUUCUGUCACUAAUGACAACACAGGAGUUAUGGGAAGGGUUGUGAUGAACAUGACAAGGAACCAUCCCCCAACCAAUGGGAACUGUUCCAUCACCCCGGUAACUGGAAUUACCCAAGACACAACAUUCAAAAUCAACUGUAUGGAAUUUACAGAUGAUCAUCAGGUCCAGGGAUAUGCUAUCAAAUGUAAAAGUGGAACUGGUCGCUGGGUGGAUGUUGCUGAUGGCUCGUUGGCAGAUUGGAGCCAUAAGUACCUGCCAAUGGGUGACAAGGGCAAUGGGUAUACCCUGAAAUGUAAGGUCCAUGUUAAGGACAUGCUAGGGGCCAUUGGGAUCUACGACAUACAUGAUGUUGUGGUUAAUCCACUCCCACUGCUUGACUUCCCCAAUACUCUUCUGAGUUUGCAAGAGUCUUCGGAUGAUGCAUUUGACAUUAUGGAUGCGAUCGCUAACCUGGACGAUGCCUGCAGCAAGGCAGAUGCCCUACAAGCCAUGCUGGACCUCAUGGGAAGUAAUGAUGAGACAGACUUGAACGGGCUUGGAUCAUCUCUGGCAUACGCUGCCACAAGGCUGGACGAUCCCACUGUUCGGGCAGGUGCCUUUACCACGCUACUGAGUGGCAAGAAUACGACUGUGGAUGACCCACUAGCUCUGAAGGAAUACGAGAAGAUCCGUGAUGCAGCGGCAAAACUCAACAGUCAACUGAUAGACACGAUGAGCAGAUGCACCAUCGAGUCAAUGGAUGAGACAAUCAGGAUGACGCAAACACUUGCAUCCAUCUCUGCUAACCCGACAUAUAUUACACGGGAUUCCCAGAGCAUGAUGUUAGAACUGCUGAAGAAGGCGUUACAAAACCUGCGUAACAACUCUGCUAUCCUUACUGUCGAGGAGAUAGAGACCUUGGCAAACAGCUCCUUCGAGACAUGCACGAACAUAGAACUUGCAGGGAACCUUUGUCGUGAUCACCCCACCAACACUGAUGUGAACUCACAAGAAGAGAAAGUCCCCUUCUUCUCAUCUAAUAUGGAUAACACACAAGAUGAUGUACCAUCACCCAAAGACGGACAGGAAUUUUCCGAUGCCGAUAUGGAGUACCUUGGCAAAAGAAUAUUAAACAGGGAUGAACAGACUGGCUUUGUGGUUCAGGCCCAGAAGCUAUGCACAGAGAUACAGUUUGAGUUGACUAUGACCCUGGCCAGCCAGAAGCCCAUGUCCAACACCCCAAUCAUCCUCAACACUGGCAGCGUUGAGACUCGCAUCUUAAAGAACAGAGGCUUCGACCUGGAAAACCAGACUCUCAGUAUUGGAGGGUGUGACAUCAAACUCCCGCCAAACCUUAUUGACUCUAGCAGUGCAAGCCAGCCUAUCAUCUUUAAGGCAUCAACAUAUGCAGCCCCAUCAGUACCUGUUGAGGACGGUGGAGCCAUGGGCUCAAGGAUGCGCCAGGUCAGAGCCACCUUCAUGUCUGAGGAUGGCACUGUCAUGAGGCUUAACAACCUGCAAACACCCAUCCUGUUGAAAAUCGCUUCCGACCCCAAUGCGCCAAGGUUUAACUGGUCCGAUGUGGAGCUGGCUAGUCCUCAAAUUCCAGCAAGCCAGGAGAACGAGUACUGCUUUUUCCAUGAGUUCUACAUCAACAACCCACACUCCGCUGCUCAACUCAAGUUCAGGUUGACUAAUGAGACAAAAGGCACCCAGCUAUUGGUGAUGGUCAGUUUCGAAGACAAGCCUCAACUGGGGAGCAACAUCAUUGCUGCUGGCAUGAUUCCACAGAACACCAGAGACACAGGUUUCUAUGGGGAUGAGUACAAAGUUGACCCAUAUCAGUUGUUCCUUGACGCGGAUGUUGUCGGGAACAAUGUUGGAACAUACAAGGUGUGUGUACGUCAGCUGCUACCCGACGAGGAGAACGAGUUUGACAGCAUCGGUGCCCUUCCAGAUACUGUACCUACCAUAUGGAAGACGAAAAAGGAGUUCCUCACAGACUACCAGUUUUUCCCAGUGAUCCUUAGCUGUGCCUACACGGAGGAUGGAUCUUCCAUCAUCAAAACCGACAAUGUCAAGCCCCAUGCCUUGUGUAACGAGUCCACUCUAGUCUGUGAGACAAACCACUUCACAACAUUCGGAGGUAACUGGAUGGUGGCGCCCAACAAGCUGGAUUGGAACUUUAUAUUCUCAAACGCAGACUUCCUCAAGAACCCAACCUUGUAUGUGACGGAGAUGCUGGUCCUCAUUCUCUAUGUCAUUGCCAUGAUCUGGGCACGACAUAAGGAUAAACAGGAUAUUGAGAAGCUUGGCCUGACCCCACUGCUGGACAAUGAUCGAAAGGACAAGUACUACUAUGAGGUUCUUGUGUCCACAGGAAUGAGGAGAGGGGCGGGAACAGACUCCAAGGUUCACUUUGUGUUGUCUGGGGAGGAGGAGGAGACGGACGUACGUACGUUUGAAGAUAAGAAACGCAAGAUUUUCACCAGGGGCAGUGACUGUGGAUUCCUCAUGGCAGUCCCUGAGCCGCUAGGCCCAUUGACAUACCUGCGUAUCUGGCAUGACAACUCUGGAAAGGGACGGUUUGCUUCAUGGUACCUGAACCACGUGCUUGUUAGGGAUGUGCAGACGGACAAGAAGUACUACUUUAUCGCUAAUAAGUGGUUUGCUGUCGAGGAGGAUGAUGGUCAGGUUGACCGUGUGAUCCCAGUGUCUGGUCGAGCACAGAUGACAGAGUUCUCACACCUGUUCCAGCAGCAGACAGCCAAGAAUCUGAGUGAUGGGCACCUGUGGUUUUCUGUGGUGGCCCGCCCACCUCAGAGCCGCUUUACCCGAUGUCAGCGCGUCUCCUGCUGUCUGUGUCUGCUAUUCUCCUCCAUGUUGGCCAAUGCAAUGUUUUACAAUACUGCAUCGUCCGAUUCAAACGCCUACCAGUUUGGACCCUUUGCUGUCACCUCAGAGCAGAUCUUCAUUGGUAUUAUCUCAAACCUGAUCAUUUUCCCAAUCAACUUUCUGCUGAUCACCAUUUUCCGCAAGUCACGACCACGUACAUUGAGGAAGUCAAGGGUGCAGGAGGCGCUGGACUCCCUUCCUGAACGCUCCACAUCGAUGGCAGAUGUGAACAUGCGAGUGAAGAGUUCCAUGAGCAUGGACCGACCCGGCUCUUCAUUCCUCAUGGACGCCAAUCGAUCAGCUUCAUCCAUGUCCCGACCAGAAUCCUCCAUGGCAAACACAGAGGUGAAGGUGAAGGAAGUCAAGAAGAAGAAGAAGUGUGAACUGCCAUGGUGGUUUGUCAUCAUUGGCUGGAUCCUACUGUGGAUUGCUGUGCUUGUGUCUGCAGCGUUUGUCACGUUUUAUGGUAUUCAGUUCCAGGACAUCAAGUGCAAGAAGUGGAUCACCUCCAUGCUGAUCUCCUUCAUAACGUCCAUCUUCUUCACUCAACCUAUCAAGGUGUUCCUGGUCGCAAUCAUCUUCUCAUUCCUGAUCCGGAAGCCGACGGAGGAUGAGGAGGAAGAUGAGGAGGACGAGCCAAGGAUACUAAAGGAGGAUGAAGAGUAUUUACACAAAGAGGAGGAGGAAGAUGAGUUUGGAUACAUCACACCUAAAAAACCCCUACGGAAGCCCAAGCCUCCAGAUACCCAGGCCCUGGCUCGUGCCCGCGAGGAACGUCUCAAGGAGAUCCAGAUGUGGGCAAUCAUCCGAGAGAUCCUCUUCUACGCCUUCUUCCUCUGGAUCCUGAUCAUUGUAAGCUACCGCAGCGUGAGCACCAACUCCUGGAGGUACAAGAACACCAUGGAGAAGGUCUUUAUACAAACAAACGACACCAAGAAAGCAUUUACAAAGGUUCACAACACAGAUGAUUUCUGGACAUGGGCCCGUUCAGGCAUGCUGAGAGGUAUUCGAGCUGGGCCGUAUUACAAUAAUUUUCCACCGUUCUACAUGAGGGGCUACAUCAACGACAAACAGUCUCGCCUCAUGGGAUAUGCCAUCCUUAGACAAGUCAGGAUAAAACCAGACACAUGUAAGGUGCCACGGAUUGUUGAUGAGAUUAUCCCAGAAUGCAACCCUGCGUACGAGAUAACCGAGGAGGAGGAGGGCAGCUAUGGGCCAGGCUGGGUGAAGGGAUCUGCAAAUGAGUCCACAAACCCUGAGUAUAUAUACCAGAGUGGUUCAGAACUGAACAGUUACCCAUACUGGGGCCAGAUGGCGUUCUACAGUGGAGGAGGUUAUGUUGUACCCUUGAACAAAGACUACCUAAACAUGGUCGAGGAGUUCUACCGACUGGAAAAGGAGGGCUGGAUUGACCGAUACACCAGGGCUGUUUUCCUAGAGUUCACCGUCUAUAACCCCUCCAUCAACCUCUUUGCCAUUUCUACACUGAUAUCAGAGUUUCAGCCAAGCGGUGGUGUUUUCACGUCCUACAGGUUCGAACCAUGCAUGCUCCUUCCUUACCAGAGCAGUGCAUUGAUAAUACAGCUGGUAUGUGAGGUCUUCUAUUUUGCCUUUACCAUCUUCUUUGUCGUCCAACUCAUCAAGAACCUUGUCCAGCAGAAAUGGGGAUUCUUCAAGCAGUUCUGGAACCUUGUCGACGUUGGCAUCUGCGCCAUGUCCGUCACUGCUAUUGUCAUCUACUUUUAUCGCUUGUAUGAAAUCAACCUUCUCACCGAAUACUUCAAGGAGACCCAUGGUAAUGAGUACAUUAAGUUCCAAUAUGUCGGGUACUGGAGUGAGAUCUUCAAUUACAUCAUGGGCAUGCUGGUAUUUUUGGCCACCAUCAAAUUCAUGAAGCUGCUCAGAUUCAACAAGAAAAUUUCCCUGCUCGCUGAUACCCUGAAGAACUCUAGCAAGGACCUGAUUCACUUCAGCAUCAUCUUCAACAUCGUAUUCCUGGCCUUCAUACAGUUCUUCUACCUGAUCUAUGGCAAACAUCUUGCCAUCUUCAAGACAUUCAUGAGAUCUUGCGAAGCUGGUGUUGUGAUGAUUAUGGGGAGAUUUGAUAUCUACAACAUGCAGGCGGUGAACCAGUGGAUGACCCAAAUAAUGUUGUUCCUAUUUGUCGUCUCCGUCACCUUCAUCGUGGUCAACAUGCUGCUCUCCAUCCUCAAUGACACCUUCUCCGCUGUCCGCAAAGACAAGAUGAAACAGAAGAAUGACUACGAGAUUGUUGAUUUCAUGCUCGGCAGAUUCAAGAUGUGGACUGGUAUUGGUCAGGCUAGUACCACAGUCAGUGCCGCGGAGCUAGAGAAAGAACAGAAGUAUCGCGAGCUGGAGGAACAGAUCGACCAGUUCCCAGACCAGAUUGACAGGUUCCUGGCCUCGGUGUCCAACAUGUACAUUGGUAAUGCGAAGUUUGACAACUUCCUGCAGAAGGGUAUGGCACGCAAGAUGGCAGAGAAAGGGGCGCAACAGCAGGCUAACCAUCCUCCACCCAGUCUGGAUGGAGCUCGCCAGCGCCUCAGCAGUGGAGCCCGGGGGAUGACCGAUGUCCAGACAGACUAAUAACCCCAUGAAACUGACCAAUGCUGACUCGCUGGUUUGAUGAAUGAAUUGUUUUAAUGAACUGUAGUGUAAACUCUCCUUUUUCUGACAUUUGACAAGUGCAGGGACUAUUUCUACCUUUCAACACCGUGUUAAAGAUUUUCUCAUGGACUUGACUACAACUAAUGACACCUUUAUUUGAUUUACAACGAAAACAAUAAGAACUUAAAACUUGUCUUUUUAUAAUAUUUCAAUAUACAUGUAUUAAAUUGUUUUUAAAUGCACCUUUUUAUUAACGAAAACAAUAAAAAUUUAAAACUUGACUAAUUAUAAUAAUUUUAUAAUCAUGUAUUAAAUCAAUUUUCAAUGAACUUUUAAAUUACUUAAAAUACUAACCAAUUUCUCACAUUAUUAUGAUAAUAUUACUGCAAACAUUUUUGUGAACAUUUUGCUUUUGUUGCAUGAUGACUAUUUUGUUAAGCAAACCUUUAAAAGUUUUUAUUCUACAUUUUAUAAAAAAAAGUAUGUGAUUUUCUGUUAAAGUUAGAGCUGUAUAACAAUACAUUCCGUCCUUAUCGAUUCCGUCCAUGAUGAUGUUAUUUUGUUUCUUUAGUGUUUAUCCUGCUGAUGUUAGUUUGUAUUGUUGUCUAAGUAUGGUGAUCAUCUUUAAAACAGUUUGAUAGAAGCAACAUGUAGUUGAAUACCUUUUUAACACUCUGAAUUUUGUUGUGAUUUGCUCUUUAUUAGAAACAUUCCCAGGACAUUCUGAUUUGCAUUUGUUUUCAAUUUUCAUUUAAGAAAGUUUUUUUACCCAAAACCAACAACGAUUCUUUA